CCAGGUCCACCACCUAGAGAAGGAGCUGACGGCGAGGGCGGGGCGGGGCGCGCUGCUGCUGUGCGUCGAUGGAGGAUUCGCCCUCUCAUUAGCCUCGGCCCGUGAUCGAAAACCACUCUUCUUUUCUGGGCUGGGGGGAAGAAAACGGCCAGCCGACGCGACCUCGCACCAUGUCCCGCGCCGUGAUGUCGAGCCAGCAGAAGAUCGCAGAGAAGCUGACAAUCCUGAACGACAGGGGGAUUGGUAUGCUGACCCGAAUUUAUAACAUCAAAAAGCAAGGACAAGUUUGGAAGGCUUGUGGAGAUCCAAAGGCAAAGCCAUCAUAUUUAAUUGACAAAAACUUGGAAUCUGCUGUCAAAUACAUCGUCAAAAAGUUUCCGGUUGUUGAUACUCGCAACAACAGUCAACAGUUGUCACAACUGCAUAAGGAAAAGCAGGAAAUUCUAAAGAAUCUGGCACUUUAUUAUUUCACAUUUGUUGAUGUCAUGGAGUUCAAGGAUCAUGUCAGUGAAUUACUGAACACCAUAGAUGCUUGUCAAGUUUUCUUUGAUAUUACUGUCAAUUUUGAUUUAACCAAAAAUUAUUUGGACUUGGUCGUAACUUAUACAACACUAAUGAUUAUGGUAUCCCGAAUUGAAGAGCGGAAGGCAAUAGUAGGACUCUACAAUUAUGCACAUGAAAUGUUGCAUGGAGCAAGUGAUCGUGAGUAUCCAAGACUUGGGCAGAUGAUUGUGGACUAUGAAAACCCCUUAAAGAAAAUGAUGGAAGAAUUUGUACCACACAGUAAAUCUUUGUCGGAUGCACUAAUUUCACUCCACAUGGUUUAUCCUCGACGGAACCUUUCAGCAGAACAAUGGAGAAAUGCUCAGUUAUUAAGUCUGAUCAGUGCUCCCAGCACCAUGCUUAAUCCUGCACAAUCUGACACGAUGCCAUGUGAAUACCUUUCUUUGGACACAAUGGAAAAAUGGAUUGUUUUUGGCUUUAUCCUGUGCCAUGGAAACCUGAACACGGAUUCAGCAGCUCUAAACCUGUGGAAAAUUGCACUGCAGAGCAGUUCCUGUCUUGCUCUAUUCAGAGAUGAAGUAUUCCAUGUUCACAAAGUUGCAGAAGACUUGUUCAUGAACAUAAAAGGUUACAACAAACGCAUAGCUGAUAUUCGCGAAUGUCGGGAGACUGCAUUAUCACAUGCUGGACCACUUCAUAGAGAACGACGCAAGUUUUUGCGGUCUGCCUUAAAAGAGCUAGCCACUGUUCUUGCUGACCAACCUGGAUUACUUGGUCCAAAGGCACUCUUUGUCUUCAUGGCUCUAUCUUUUGCACGUGAUGAAAUUAUCUGGCUGCUUCGUCAUGCAGAUAACAUUCCAAGAACAAGAAACAGUGAUGAUUUUAUUGAUAAGCACAUUGCUGAACUGAUCUAUUACAUGGAAGAACUCAGAGCACAUGUGCGCAAAUAUGGACCAGUGAUGCAGCGGUAUUAUGUCCAGUAUCUCUCUGGCUUUGAUGCAGUGGUGCUGAAUGAACUUGUGCAGAAUCUCUCUGUGUGUCCUGAAGAUGAAUCCAUCAUUAUGUCCUCCUUUGUGAACACUAUGACUUCUUUAAGUGUAAAACAAGUGGAAGAUGGAGAAGUAUUUGACUUCAGAGGAAUGAGACUAGACUGGUUUAGGCUGCAGGCUUAUACCAGUGUUUCCAAGGCUUCUCUUAAUCUAUCAGAUCACAAAGAGUUAGGAAAAAUGAUGAACACUAUUAUUUUUCACACAAAAAUGGUAGAUUCUUUGGUUGAAAUGCUGGUGGAAACUUCGGAUCUUUCAAUUUUCUGCUUUUACAGUCGUGCUUUUGAAAAGAUGUUUCAUCAGUGUUUGGAAUUGCCCUCUCAAUCACGAUAUUCAAUUGCUUUUCCACUGGUUUGCACUCAUUUCAUGAGCUGCACUCAUGAAUUGUGUCCUGAAGAGAGGCAUCACAUUGGAGAUCGUAGUCUCUCACUGUGCAACAUGUUCCUUGACGAGAUGGCUAAGCAAGCCCGCAACCUUAUUACAGAUAUAUGCACAGAGCAGUGCACUCUUAGUGAUCAGUUAUUGCCAAAGCAUUGUGCCAAGACCAUCAGUCAAGCAGUGAAUAAAAAGUCCAAAAAGCAAACUGGAAAGAAAGGGGAGCCUGAAAGGGAGAAACCUGGAGUAGAGAGCAUGAGAAAGAACAGGCUACUGGUUACCAAUUUGGAUAAACUGCACACUGCUCUCUCUGAGCUUUGUUUCUCUAUCAAUUAUGUUCCUAAUUUAGUAGUUUGGGAGCAUACUUUUACACCUCGAGAAUAUCUUACUUCGCAUCUGGAAAUCCGCUUCACUAAGUCAAUUGUGGGAAUGACAAUGUACAAUCAAGCUACACAAGAGAUUGCUAAGCCUUCUGAGCUUCUGACAAGUGUGAAAGCUUACAUGACUGUACUUCAAUCCAUAGAAAAUUAUGUGCAGAUUGAUAUUACCAGAGUUUUCAACAAUGUCCUUCUUCAGCAGACACAGCAUUUAGAUAGUCAUGGUGAACCUACCAUAACCAGUUUAUACACUAAUUGGUAUCUGGAAACUCUUCUGCGACAAGUGAGCAAUGGGCACAUUGCAUACUUUCCAGCUAUGAAGGCGUUUGUCAAUCUGCCCACUGAGAGUGAACUGACAUUUAAUGCAGAAGAAUAUUCAGACAUCUCUGAAAUGAGAGCUCUUUCUGAACUUUUGGGUCCAUAUGGAAUGAAGUUUCUCAGUGAAAGCCUGAUGUGGCACAUUUCUUCACAAGUGGCUGAACUCAAGAAACUAGUAGUAGAGAAUGUUGAUGUGCUUACACAAAUGAGGACGAGCUUUGACAAGCCAGACCAGAUGGCAGCACUCUUCAAAAGAUUAACAUCGGUUGACAGUGUAUUGAAGAGGAUGACAAUAAUUGGUGUUAUCUUAUCAUUCCGUUCAUUGGCACAGGAAGCACUUAGAGAUGUUCUGUCGUGCCACAUUCCUUUUCUUGUUAGUUCAGUUGAAGAUUUCAAGGAUCACAUUCCAAGAGAGACAGAUAUGAAGGUUGCAAUGAAUGUGUAUGAACUCUCUUCAGCAUCUGGUUUGCCUUGUGAAAUUGACCCAGCACUAGUGGUUGCGCUGUCAUCACAGAAGUCAGAGAAUAUUAGCCCAGAGGAAGAAUAUAAAAUUGCCUGCCUCCUGAUGGUGUUCGUUGCUGUAUCUCUUCCUACUCUAGCCAGUAACGUCAUGUCCCAAUAUAGUCCUGCUAUUGAAGGACAUUGUAACAACAUUCAUUGUUUGGCCAAAGCUAUAAAUCAGAUUGCUGCUGCCUUGUUCACCAUUCAUAAAGGAAGCAUUGAAGAUCGUCUUAAAGAAUUCCUUGCUCUUGCAUCUUCAAGUUUGUUAAAAAUUGGGCAAGAGACUGACAAGACCACUACCAGAAACAGAGAAUCUGUUUACCUUCUGCUUGACAUGAUUGUUCAAGAGUCUCCUUUUCUGACAAUGGAUCUGCUGGAAUCAUGUUUUCCCUAUGUCCUCCUGAGAAAUGCAUACCAUGCUGUCUACAAGCAAAGUGUUACAUCUUCUGCCUAAGUUGGAAUUUGGUGAAGGCAAAAUUCAAAUUAACUUCAUGUUCUGCAGUACAGGUUUACAGACUAAUGACUGUAGAAAUAUUUCACUUUAGCCUAAAAAGCAGUUAUGAAAUUAUCAUUUUUCAUAGACAUACAUUGUAUACCAGUGUUUUUUAAGUUGAUAUUGAUAUGCUUGAUUGAUUUGCUGCAUAGUGGCAAAACUGGUUUCAGUUAAAUAGCAGCUAUAUUUGUUAUAAUUACACUACGAUGUUGGUUGAGUUUUAAAAUUAUUUGUGCAAAAGAAACAGCUGUUUUAAAAACACCUUAAAGCUGUUAAAAUGCAGAGGAAAAUUUAUAUAAUCACUAUUUGGAGAUGAUCUGGCUUCCUUCUGUGUAAAUUACUUCACUUCAGACAAUGCAAGAAAAGAUUUAUACCUAUCAUUCUUCAUUGAUGGUAAAUGGAAUAAAUGGUUUAUUAGUUGCAUAUAUUUGGAUUUAACACAAUAGUUAUAUUUCCUUUAAUUUUAAACAAUAUUACUCUGAAAUACACUGUAAUAUCUACAAAUUCUGUAGGAAUGCUGAAAUCUCCAAAAACAAUUCUAGCAAUCCACUGCAAAAUACUCGGAACAAAUGUGAUGUUUGUAUAAAGCAUAGUAUAAUUUUUUUUUAUAAAACUAACUUCAGUGGAGAGCUUGUUGAAUUUCACACUAUCAUUGUACCCUGUUGUACGCUAUCACUGUAUGAAUAUUUAUCUCAUAAGAUGGCAGCCCUUAAGCUUUUUUAUAUGUUUUACAUUUUUCAAGUUUGUGUAUCUUCCAUAAUGAAUAAUAAAACGCCAGGUUA